UAUUCCUCAGCCAAAUAUAUCACGGGUUUACCGAAAACAACAAAUUGUUUCUCAACAUCUCACUCGCCAUCGAGGAAUACGCUGUCAUAAGCAGCGCUUCUUGUAUCGCGUUGUCAGGGAGAUGAGAAGUGGUGCCUACAUAAAUAUGAAACAAAGAAAAGAGUGGAUGGCUCCAGGAGAUACGCCAAUGCCGAAGGUAAAACCUGACCUCCAUCCAAAGAAGAUCAUGAUCGUUUGGCGGGACUGGGGCAUGCUGCACUGGGAAAUGCUCGAAAGGAAUACCGCGGUCAACAAAGAGCUCCACAUGGCCAAGCUACACUGUGUCGAAGAGACCCCAUCGAAAAGAUCGAACCAUACUCCUUCACGACAACGCCAGGCCCCAUACUGCAUAAUUCGUAAAACUCGCACUCCAAGAGCUCGAAUGGGAGGUCCUUUAGCAUCCACAUUACUAUCCGGAUAUUGCACCCAUGAACUACCACUUCUUCCGCUCUCUGCCGAACCACAUGAGGGCCGACCUGCCGAAUUUUGGCGAUGUAGCAUCGACAAAUUGAUCGAAAUGUGGGAAGAGAUAGUAAACAGCAACGGCGAAUACAUUAUUAGUUGA